GGCGCAUGGCUCAAUUCGUUUCUCAAGAAUCUGUGUGAGCCGACGGCAUACACAUUGCGCUGUGCAGUCUGCCAAUGGCGUAGCGAUCGUUCAGUUCUGUUUAGACUUUGGCCUGUGCUACGACGCACCGUACGACGCCGCAGCGUACAACAAAGGAAGAUCGUUUUUACGGUAACAAGUGAUUCUCGACUUGGACUAUUACACAAUUUAAACGGUAACUCGUUCAAGUGUGCUAUAGUGUAAUUAAAGAUGGCCCAAGACGACGAUAGUAGUUUGAAAAAAUUACAGACCAUGCGGGAAAAGGUCGAUUGGAGUAACGAAAAGGAGAGAUAUCCAUUUUUUCACGAUCUUCUAUUCAAUAUGAUUAAGACGUGGAAAGGACCGCUUCCGAAUUUUCGAGACAUGUUUCGAACCCGUGACAUGGAUUGGUUACUCACCGAGUCCUUGAAUCACAUGCAUAACAUCGACGAUCUUUAUUUGGGAUGUCCGUUCGUCAUUUUCGUGGCUAGCUGCGGCUACAGAGACAAGCCCGAAAUGGAUGAAAAGGGCAAGCCAAUUUUGCGUCGCACCACACCGUUGCAUCGGGCGGCCAAGCAGAAGAACUACGCCUGCGUGCGCGAACUUUUCAAGAUUUACAACUGGUUCAAUGCGAAUUACAUCGACGAGGAUGGAUUUACCCAUUUUCACGCGGCCUGCUUGGCUGGCUGCGACGACGUGGUCGGGCAAUUUCUCAAGCUCGGCCAGGAUCCCGAUUGUCUGGCUCAAAAAUUCGCCUAUCCGCCGUUGCACUUGGCCGUGGUACGCUGCUGGGAGAAGGUGACUCGAUUGCUUCUGGAUAGCGGCGCCGAUCAAAAUCGGGCGAAUGUGGAUGGAUUCACUCCUCUGCACAUGCUUAGCUUGAGUGAAUUUCCUCUAACAGACAAAAUAUUCUUCAAGAUCAAUGAUGAAAAAAAUCUAACGGUGGAAUUGGACGCCCGGGACAAGAAAGGCCGGACACCGCUUGAAUGGGCUGUGGCGAAUAUUCGGCCGCUCGUGGUCGAAGCACUCUUGGAUCGAGGUGCCGAUCUGUCCAGCUUCGUUUUCCCAACCGAGGCUUACUUUGGCUCGAAAUUUCGACGGGAUUACAACAUCUUAAGUUUCCGUGGAUCGGCCAGACUUGCCACGGACGUCCUGCUCAUCGUCGAGAUCCUCAAGGAAAGAGGCUACGAGCUGAGUCGAAGUGACGCCUUAACUAUCAUGAAAUUCUUCGCUCACAUCGGAAAACCUCGUAAAAUUGUGUACGAGGAUGGAUACAAAGAAUACUGCGCGAUGUGCGAGACUGACGACAAGGCGACAGCCGGACCUUUUUGUGGUGCACACCAAUCCACGAUAUUGUCGAAGAUGUUUUUCCAGCACUGGGCGAACGAGUUUUUGUCGACGCUGUCGUGCCAUAGACUGCCAACUGUCUUUUGCGAAGUAUUCCUUGAUCAGCUGAAAAACGAGGAUUUGUUGAGAAUGUGCACCGCGGUCGAGAUCGUUUUAAAAGAGCAGAGCCAAACUCAAGAUGACCUUGAAAAAGUCGACAAGUUCGAAGAAUUUCCAAAAAUAUUUCCACGAAUAAUGUAGGAAUAAUUUCAUCAGCAUUUUCCAUUCCUAUUAUAUAAUCA